GUUACCAUAGCAGCCACCUCGAUAUUAAACGUCCUAGUGCGAGAGGAGUGUACAGUUUAUGAAAACAAAACAGCCCUCUGCACGAAUUCCAUCUGUGUGACAGCAUGCAUUACCAAGUUUUUUGGGUAAAACAUGAUUUAUGACGCAACGUGGCAGCGAAACGUCACCCGCUUGAGUAGACGCACGUGACGUAUAGAUCCCUGCGGGAAUCAAACUUGUUUCACAGCGAAAUGGAUACGCGAGUCGACUCGCUGCGGAGGAAUAUUGACUUCUUACAAAAGCAGCACAGAGAAACUCUGGAGAAAUUACAUGGUGAAAUAGAUACUUUAAAGCGGCAAAAUAAAGUCUAAUUAUGUGGUUACAGAGUUGCAGUACAAGCUGAUAAUGGAGCCUGCAAAGUCGAGCAGUAAAGGAUCUAGCCGUAUCCUGAGGGAUCAUAUAGAAAGCAACAAAUUCCAGAAAGACAGAACGAACUACCUGGAGCAAACUCUGGAGGACACCUGCUCAUCACAAAGCACAGAGAUCAGCAGUUUUUUAAAAUAUAGAGAAAGUAGAUCAAAUUCUUCAGGGACCCUCAAAGCAGACCAAAUAGAAGGUCCUUCAGAAGCCAAAGCAGGGUUCAUCACUUCUCUACAGCCUCUAAUGAUCCAGUGUAGUCCAUCUCAGGCCCCUCGACCUCCCACCCUACAGGAAUGUGAGGUCAUCAUACACCAACUGUACAACGCUAAUAGCCUGCAGUCCCAGGAGAUCCUACGUGUGAAAGCUGUCCUCAAAGACAUUGUUUUCAACAAGAAAAUCACUGCAGAGAAUUACAUUUUGACCAAGGCUUAUCUUGCUGAUGGUAAAAGAGCUGAAGAUUCAGAAACAUUUCCUCAGCUUUCUCUCCAAACACUGCCUAGAGGACUACCCGUGUCUCAGGCUAGUAAAGCGGAGAAAGUGAUCCUCCCUGCCCUCAAACAGACCCUCAACAACAACAUAGCAGACAGACAGAGGAGAACUCAAGCUGUGCAGAGACGCCGUCUACAGAGGACUAUGCGCUGAAGGACC